UGUUCCGUUCAGAUUGUUCCUGUUCUCAGUUAAAACUUGACCCUGCCCCAAAACGCCUCUGGUUGAGCGGUCAAAGUUCGAACCGAAACCAAGAACGGAUCCUAAAAUCCGACUGAUUUAGGUCCGCCAAUUUCAAACGGCGCCGGUCUUCUACUUCCGGCGAAUCGACAGAGACAGCACCUUCCUCCACCAUCUUCGACAAAAUCGAGUAGUAGUGAAGUUGAAAGAACUAUGAAUAUACAUUUGAAUACUUUGUGACAAGGAUGCCAGGCAUACCUUUAGUGGCUCGUGAAACCACGAAUUACACUUGCUACUGCAGUUACUCUACAGUUACGGAUUCAAUGUGCAGGCAAGAUUCUGCUACACAUUUGUCUGCAGAGGAGGAGAUUGCUGCUGAAGAAAGCCUUUCAAGUUAUUGCAAACCUGUUGAACUCUACAACAUUCUCCAACGCCGUGCUGUUAGAAAUCCUUCCUUCCUUCAAAGAUGUUUACAGUACAAAAUUCAAGCAAAGCACAAAAGGAGGAUUCAAAUGGCAAUAUCUGUGCCAGCAACUGUGAACGAUGAAUCACAGGUCCAGAAUUUAUUUCCUUUGGGUGUAAUUUUGGCAAAGCCACUAUCAAGUGCUGCAGCUGUCGAGGCACAUUCUGCUGUCUAUCAGUUUAAGCGGGCAUGCAUGUCAACCUCAUUCAGUGGAGUUGAUGGGAUAAAUCGUGCUCAAGCAAAAUUCAUUCUCCCUGAAAUGAAUAAACUCUCUGCUGAAAUAAGGGCUGGCUCUCUUGUCAUCCUGUUUGUCAGCUUUGCCGAACUUGCGAGAGAUCGUGGGGAUAUAUCUUCAUUUCCAUUGAAUCUUGAAGGGCACUGCUUGUUGGGCAGAAUGCCGAUGGAAUUACUUCAUUUAUUGUGGGACAAGUCUCCCAAUUUGAGUUUAGGGGAGAGAGCUGAGAUGUUAUCAACUGUUGACUUGAACCCUUGUUUCAUGAAGACAAGCUCUUUGGACAACGACAGACGCAUUUCCUUUCAGUAUCCCCGCAGUUCUGCGGCUCUGGCGACAAUCCAACAGCUGCAAGUCAAAAUUGCUUCAGAAGAAGCUUUUGCAAGAGAAAGAACACGAUAUGAUUCAUUCUCCUAUGAUGACAUUCCUACAACUUCAUUGGCUCGAAUAAUACGGUUGAGGACAGGAAAUGUUGUUUUCAACUAUAUGUACUAUAACAAUAAGUUGCAGAGAACAGAAGUGACAGAAGACUUCACCUGUCCUUUCUGCUUGGUAAAAUGUGUGAGUUUUAAGGGUUUGAGAUAUCACUUAUGCUCAUCCCAUGAUCUGUUCAACUUUGAAUUUUGGGUAAACGAAGAAUAUCAAGCUGUAAAUGUAUCUGUGAGAAGUGAGAUGUGGAGAUCUGAGAUUGUUGCUGAUGGCGUGGAUCCUAAGCAACAAACAUUCUUCUUUUGUUCAAAGCCACUAAGACGGAGGAAACAGCCAGAUUUAGUUCAAAAUUCAAAGCAUGUGCACCCACUUGUUUUAGAUUCAGAUUUCCCUACGUCAAUGAAUAAUCUCAAUGAGAGGAUUAAUGGUGGUGCUGACGCUGUAGAGUGUGAUCCAUCAAGUUCCAAUGGUGCAAGUGUUCCCUCAUCUGGUCACUUGUAUACAGAUCCUGAUUCUGUUCAGUCAGCAUCAGGAAGCACUCUUGCACCCCCAGCACUGCUUCAGUUUGCCAAGUCAAGAAAGUUAUCAGUUGAGCGCUCUGAUCCCAGAAAUCGUGCACUCCUGCAAAAAAGGCAAUUCUUUCAUUCUCAUAGGGCCCAGCCCAUGGCACUGGAGCAAGUUUUAUCAGAUCGAGACAGUGAGGAUGAAGUUGAUGAUGAUGUUGCAGAUCUUGAAGAUCGAAGGGUAUGUAGCAUAAUUGUAUAAAUUGGUCUUUAUUGUACUCUGCGUUCAAAUUAAUUGGCUGACCUUUCGGGUUAGUUU